CACUUUGCGCACAGUCCGGACACGAGCAGGAGCGUGUGUCUGUGUGUGUGUCUGUGUGUGUGUGUGUCCUCCUCACACCUCAACAUGAAGGAUCAUUAUGUGCAACUUGUUGUGGUUCACUGAAGAAGCAGACUCCCUCUGCUAAUGCAACUUGAACACAAAGAAUGAGGCAACAUUUAAAAAACACCAUGGUCUUCACCAUCAUCAUCAUCAUCAUCAGAUCGAGCAGGGUGUCCGGCUGUGGGUCGUCCCCCAGGAUGGAGUGAAUGUGGCCGGGAGACGAGAGUCAGGAGCCGUGAGGAAGGACAGCGAAGGACUGAGAGGGAGAGGGAGAGAGAGAGAGAGGGUGUGUGUGUGUGUGCGAGAGAGAGAGAGAGAGAGAGAGAGAGAGAGAGAGAGAGAGAGAGAGAGAGAGAGUGUGUGUUUUCAUAAGCGGAGCUCGGCCGUGGGAGCAGAGCAGAGCAGAGCAGAGCAGAGUGGGGGGAUGUCGGGCAGAAGUGGAGGAGCGCCUCGGGGGUGCAGCAACCCCAGCCUGCAGCCCCUCAAAGCCACAGUCCCAUACCAGCUCCAGAGGGGCUCCGCUCUCCUCUGCAGGGAGGUCAAGACGGCUGACAGGACGGCGGCUCGUCCUCCCAAACCCACCAUCCGCAGAACGCUUUCUUUAGACGCCAUCGUUGGACCCUAUCUGCAGGGACAGUGGCCCAAAGAUGCGGAGAGCGCGGGCGUCACCUGCGUCAACGACAAAGCCACACAGACUCCAAGUUCCUGGGCAGAGGAGAGCCAGGGAAGGAGAAGUGCUGGCGGACACAAGCGCUCGGCGUCGUGGGGAAGUGCAGAACACUUGAGGGAGGUGGCCAAGCUGAGGCACCAGUUGCAGAAGCGCUCUCGCCAUGCCCCUCCCUCAGCGGCGGGGCACGGGCUCCCCCACCCCCCCGUGCCAGCAGGUCAUGCGGCAGGUGUCGCCCAGGCAACGCCCCUGAUGCCCCUGAACCGACUCGCCCCACGACUGAGAUGCAGCGUCGAAGGUCUUAACCUGGAGCUGGAAGACGUGUUUGGGUCUGAGAAACCGGACGAUCAACUUGAGGUUUUGGACAUCCCAGACGGCCACAGGGCUCCUGUCCCUGCCCAGAGGUGCAGCAGUGGCUCUCAGAGCGAGCCCUCCCCCGGGCCCCUGGACCCUUCCCUCCUGUCUCCCUGUCAGUCCCCCUGUCCUCUCGAUCCAGCUCUUCUCUCGCCUUCAAACUCCCCUCAUACCUUGAACCUGUUGCUUUUGUCACCUUCACAGUCUCCCUGUCCCAUCGGAGAGCCAGAGCCAGUGGACUGUGAGUCUCUGUGUCCCUCUCCAUCUUCAAUGCUUCCUACAUUUGCACUGGAUCCUCCUCAGCUGCAGCCCUGCUCCUCUUCUCCUCAGCCCAGUAAAACCUACUCCUUCCAGCGCGAGCCGCCUGAAGGCUGUGAGCGAGUUCGAGUGUGCGAGGAGGCCAUGUCUGCUUGUCUGGAUGGGCCUCUCCUCCAGCGGUCCUGCCCCGACCCCAACAAAGUGAACUUUACUCCCCACGGAGGCUCUGCUUUCUGCCCCGUCAGUCUCCUGAAGCCCCUCCUGCCCUCCAUGGACCUCCUCUUCCGGGGCUUGUCGGUGUCUCCUGUCACCGGCUGCCCGGGACAAGCGUCUCCCACCAGGCACCUCGGCAUGCAGUAGGUGCACAUCUGAGGAGAUCAUCUCAGGACUAAAGCACACUAUUCAGCGGGGACCUGGAGGAACUGGAUGUGUUUUACAUGAAAUCACUUGGCUCAUCACUGGUGUUACGGGGCACGAUCACUGUGAUCGAUAGAAGAGACUUUGAGACCGUUAUCGUCAGACUUCAGACUAACUUUGGCCUGAAAAUCUGGCUGCUUUACUGAUUAUUUCCAACUGCAGGAUGUUUGGAUUCAGCUGAUAUUUACUUCAUAGGCAGUUGAUUUGUUUUGUAAAAUAGUCUUCUCCUAUGUGGGUUGAGGAUUAGACUACAAGCCUUCAGCUCUGGAAAUGUUGGCAAAUGCUAGAACAUUUUUUAGGAACACAGAGGCUUUUUCCUUUUUGAUUUUUAGUUAUUUGCAAACAGCUCAGAGAAAGACUGCAGUCUGCUGGGAGGAUUUUUAGUAUCAACAUGAGUGAAUUCAGAGAACCAAACACAGCUCACGUGUUGACUUGAGUAUUACUUCCUUUACUGUCGCCUGACCCCUGUAAAGCGUGGUUAGGUUGAGGUGAAGUUUCAGCUUCAUAUUUAACAAAAACAAAAUACUUGAUUGGUUUACUCCUGGAGUUUUAUAUGUGUUUGGCCUAUAGUUUACGGCGGCCUACUUUUCUACAAAUGUAUUUCUAGCAAGAUUUAUAUUUUUGUAUCUUUGUAAUGAACUUAUGUGGCUGGUGAUGCUGUUUUUGUUCACUAAGGAAACUGACUUCUGUACGUUGGUGCUUUGUAAGCAGGGAAAUGGUGUUUUAUGAGCUUUACUCAGAGAUGUUCUGUGACCAUGUUUCCCUUCCUAAUGCCGAUUCUGAUACCCGGACAUUGCCUAUCAGCCGAUACAGAAUACAAAUCCGAUACCAGUGCAUUUAAUAGAAUAACAAUUUACAUAAUCUACUUUAACAGUGCACUUGUGCCACUCCUUGAAACUGAAGUCUUGCAUUUGUUGCAUGUCGCCAUUUUACUUGUGGGACUUUGCCGUGGGAAAUAUUGCCAAAUUGUUGACGUUUCAGCUGGCUCUGACAAAUGCUACGUUAAACAGAAAAUUGCAGUUUAAUCUGGGUGAAACUAAUAUACUUUUAACAUGUGGUAUCAGAUCGGUACUUAGGUUUGCGUACUCGACGAUACCCGACCUGGUAUUUCCAGUAGUAUCGGAGGCCUUUCUGAUGCUGGAACAUCUCUAGCUUUACUUGCCUAUGUGGCCAUUGUUCUAAACUGUUGCAACCUCUAUAAUAUUUAGAAUAUCUCAGACUUGAUUAUUGCACCCAUUUCUUUUUUGUUUUACCCUUUUCAGGGUGAUACCAGUUCAGAAUGUUUUGUGUGCUUUUGCUUUUGUUCAGAAAAUAAAAUAAAUUUUUUUUGGACAUUCAAA